AUUCAGCACUCAUCCAUCCACCCUGCCACAAGGUGGAUCUGUCCUCAUUCCAGUCAAUAUGUUUUAUACCUAUUCGCUCAAAUUGAAUAUUACUGUGUGUUUUGACCCUGGGUAGUAGCUGAUUGUACAUCUGAAAACACAAACACGCAGACUGCUCACUUUUCCUGCCCUAUGGUCAAGCUUGAGUCAAUCAUUACACAGAAGGUACACAUUCAACUUGAGUUGAGCUCUGUCCAGAUUUUGCCACACUGCCUUAGCGCUGAUCCUGACUCUGCAAGUACACAGCUCUCACACGGAGCACGGAGGAAAUCCAGAGGUUCCCCAUACCCUGUGUACAGGUAGGCAACCUCUGUAGGAUUCAGUCAUAAUGACUUGUCAACUAAAUGCAGAAAGACUAUGGGUUUAUCCGAUGUGUUGUGUGGGCAUCUCAAGGCAAGUGACAGAAGGUCAACUAGUAGGCCCCUUUCUAUCUGGAUUAUCUUGGGUGUGUCCCUUUUGGUAAAUAACCAGUAAAAUCAGAACAGCAGAAACGUCAAAGGGGGUGGUCGUAAUUGACAGGACAUCCUGUGAUCCAUAAACAUGGCCUUUCUCCUUGCCCCAGGUGCUCCCUGUAAGGACAGCCUGAUGGCUCGUGUUGUGUCCCUGUUCCGGCCUUUAUCUUUACUGGCCCCUGUGGGGGUGAGGCGAGCCACAGUUUGCAGAAUGUCACUGGACAUGCGAGCACGGGAGGUGUUUUCUACAGCUAUCGAAGCUGUGCAACCAGACAUUGUGGUGCGGCAGGGUCUGGAGCGUACAGGAGACGCCCUCCUAGUGAAUGGACACAGCUUCACGCUAAAAAACAACCUUCACCUGGUAGGCUUUGGCAAAGCUGUGCUGGGCAUGGCUGCCGAGGCAGAGAGGAUUGUGGGGGACCACUUGGUGAGAGGAGUGAUCAGUGUGCCACACGGCAUUCAGGAGACACUACGGCAGCAUGGAAAAGAGUAAGCAACUAGAACCAAAUUGUUUGUGGGUGGGAUCGGGUUGGUUGGUGGGUUGGUAAAUUAAUUGCUCAAUUUCUCCUCAGCCAGAUGUUGUUGAAGGAUGGAAGUCACAUCACAGUAAUGGAGGGCGCUAAACACAACCUGCCAGAUGCUGAUGCCCAGAGGGCAGCUGACUGUAUCAAGGAGCUGGCCAGCACACUGACAGAGAAUGACCUGUUGCUUGUACUCAUCUCAGGUAAACUGAUACCUAACUACUAAAUCAUGUAAUUAUGUCAAUCAAACUAGGUUGUCCGUAAAUAUUUACAUACUUAUUCGGUGUGUGUAUAGGAGGAGGAUCUGCACUCUUGCCUGCACCAGUCCCACCAAUCUCUCUUCAGGAGAAACAGGAUGUUACACGCAGACUGGCUGGUGCUGGUGCCACCAUUCAGGAGCUUAACUCUGUACGCCGUGCCCUGUCGUUAUUGAAAGGAGGAGGACUUGCACACUGUGCUCACCCUGCUCAGGUAAGAACACAACUGUACUAGCUCAUUAUAGAGUUUUCACCCAAAGACCUGAACUUCUUGCACAUUAGCUUUACAUUCUGGUCGUAUUUGGUAAAAUAAAAUGUUCCUGUUUACAUUUUCUAACAGGUGGUGGCCCUGGUUCUGUCUGAUGUAAUCGGAGAUCCCCUGGACUUGAUAGCCAGUGGCCCCACAGUGUGGACUGAGGUGUGGCCUGAGGAGAUUUGGUCGGUCCUAGAACGUUACGGGCUGUCCUCCUCUCUCCCUGUCUCAGUGAAAGAGGUCCUUGGACGCUCAGCUCCACGAUGGGAGGAGGCUGGAGAGCAGUCAGACAGGGCGGCACAUGUUCUCAAUGCUGUGAUUGGCUCCAAUAGCAUUGCUCUGGAAUGUGCAGGGAGACGUGCACGGGAGCUCGGAUUCCGUCCAGUUGUGCUGUCGCCAGGGGUGUGUGGAGACGUACAGUCUGUCGCCCGCCUUUAUGGUCUACUUGCUCGCUUUGCCUGCUCCCGUGAUGAGCCCCCUCCUGAGUUGCCUGCUGAGAUUCUGAAGCUGGGGCCAGAGACAGGCGUGGAAAGCUGGGACUUGUGCCGUGCAAUGCAAGUGCUUGGUGAGGGACGUGGGGAGGGCUGGGGAGCCACCUGUCUGCUGGCUGGGGGAGAGCCCACUGUGCAGUUGACAGGCAAGGGGCGUGGUGGGCGGAACCAGGAGCUGGCCCUGCGAGUAGGGCUUGAGCUGGGAGGCAUGGAGCUCCCUCCGAAGGGUCCCCUGUUCCUGAGUGGUGGGACCGAUGGUCAGGACGGGCCAACUGUGGCAGCAGGGGCAGUAACAGACGCAGGGCUUGGAGAAGAAGCACGAGCACAGGGGCUGGACACUGAUGUCUUCCUCGUCAACAAUGAUUCCUUCACCUUCUUUUCACGCCUGUCUGAUGGGCAGCGGCUGCUCCUACCAGGGUUAACGGGGACCAAUGUGAUGGAUGUGCACAUCCUGCUCAUCCCACCAAUCCCCAUAGUCGUAUCUGGUCGUUGAUGAAGACGAGGGCAUGAAAGCCGUUAAUUACACAUUUCAGUAUGAAUCCAUACAGAGUAGCCCAUGAGUAUAUUCAUAGAGCUGCUUUUCAAAGCUGACCAUGCCCAUGAUACCUUUUCCAUCAAGCCCUUCUGGAAAUCCAUGUUUAAUUUAAAAAGCAGCAGUCAGUUAUGGCUAUAAUAAAUAAUACAGUAAAUUGUUUACUUUUGUGUUAUUUGUGAAGAGAUUGUUUCUGUACAGAGCAGUUAGAGUCCAGCGGAUAAGAACCAUAUAUACCCAAGAUCGUUCCACUUUAUGAUACAAGUAUCAAACAUAGUACACUAAUACUAGAUACCUUAAGGAACAUUUUUGAAGAUUGGAUGCAGUCUGGGAAGCAUGUAAGUCAACCAUUCGGAUUUCCUGUUAGAAGAAAAUAGGGUAAAAUCAUUCCAAACAAUAUCAAAAUGACUUUGUAACGUUAUCUACCCACUAAAUAAACCCCACAGAUAAUAUAG